AUGGAGCUCCAGCAAGAAGCAGCAGCAGUUGGCAUGAUAAAAGUGCUUGACAUAAGAUCAGAAAAUUAUGAAGAGACGAGAAAAGAAAGAAAUCAUCAGUCAGAGGAGCUGUCUUCUGGGUAUAUGACAGCCACCCACCAGACGGCGGGGUGGUUGCCGAGUCUGGAUGACGUUGAGGGGAUUCUUAAUUACAAGUUCAAGAACAAGAAACUAUUAGAGGAGGCUUUUACACAUGCCUCUUUCCCUGAUAAGUGUUCUUCCUACGAGCGUUUAGAGUACGUCGGUGACUCGGUGCUCAACCUGCUUUUUACUAAAGAACAGUAUUUCAUGUACCCGGAUUUGCCACCAGGGGCUUUGACCCGACUCAGGGCAGCUAAUGUGGAUACAGAGAAGCUGGCACGUGUGGCCAUCAAACACGGGUUGCAUCGGUAUUUGCGCCACAAGAAACCAGUUCUUGAGGAACAAAUUCGGGAAUUCUCUCAAGCCAUUUUGGACUAUCCCUUGCACUCCAACGGGCUUGUUGACGCCCCAAAGGCCCUGGCUGACAUUGUUGAAUCAACGAUAGGAGCUGUUUUCAUUGAUAGCGAUUCCUCCAUUGAUGCUGUCUGGAAGGUGUUUAAGGAUUUGUUGGAGCCGAUAAUCAGCCACGAAACGCUGAAAGUACAUCCUGUGACUCAGCUGUAUGAAGUGUGCCAGAAGAGAAAUCUCCAAGUAAAAUUUGUGGACUUGUGGAAAGAUAACAUGGCUUUUGAUGUCUUUGUGGGUGGCCAGCUUGUGGGAAGAGGGACCUAUGGUCUGAAGAAAGAAAUUGCGCACAAUAGAGCAGCCAAGGAUGCAUUAAACAAUAUAGAGAGAAUAUUGGGUGAGAAAGAUUGCUCUUUGAUGAACUCGGUUCCAUUAGUUGAUGUUGAUGAACGAAAACAUGUAAAACUUGAACAAACAUUACAUAUAUAG